UUUCUAAUUUGUUUAUUUGCCCUGUUUAUUUUGUUUUUCAGGCAGAUGCAGAUAAAACCAUGUCUGCCAACCUCAAAUACCUUUCCUUGGGGAUCCUGGUCUUUCAGACGACCAGCCUGGUGCUCACGAUGCGCUACUCCAGGACUUUCAAGGAGGAGGGGCCUCGGUACCUGUCCUCCACGGCCGUGGUGGUGGCGGAGAUUCUGAAGAUAAUGGCCUGCAUUGUGUUAGUCUACAAAGACAGCCAAUGUAGUCUGAGAGCACUGAAUCGAAUCCUGCGGGAUGAGAUCCUUAACAAGCCCAUGGAAACGAUCAAACUUGCUAUUCCAUCCGGGAUAUACACUCUUCAGAACAACCUGCUCUACGUGGCGCUGUCCAAUCUCGACGCAGCCACCUACCAGGUCACGUAUCAGUUGAAGAUCCUGACGACGGCGCUGUUCUCUGUGUCUAUGCUGGGUAAAAAGCUGGGUGUGUACCAGUGGCUCUCCCUGGUGAUUCUGAUGGCCGGAGUGGCUUUUGUACAGUGGCCCUCGGAUACCCAGGAGCUGGACUCGAAGGCGCUCUCGGCCGGCUCGCAGUUCGUGGGCCUCAUGGCCGUCCUCACGGCCUGCUUUUCCAGUGGCUUCGCUGGGGUGUACUUCGAGAAAAUCUUAAAAGAAACCAAGCAGUCGGUGUGGAUCAGAAACAUUCAACUGGGCUUCUUCGGGAGCGUGUUUGGCUUGAUGGGCGUGUACGUGUACGACGGAGAGCUGGUGUCACAGAACGGGUUUUUCCAGGGCUACAACCGGCUGACCUGGGCAGUUGUUGCUCUUCAGUGUCUUCUUCCUGGGAGCCAUCCUUGUAAUAGCAGCUACUUUCCUAUACGGCUACGACCCCAAGCCUGCAGGCAACCCCACCAAAGCAUAGGGGGCGCUGCUCGCAGGGCUCGGCGGGAACCCGCAGGACUGCUCAGAGCCCAGGGAGGUGUCGCCGCUCUUCACACUGUCCAGAUGGUUGAAAACAUGAAUGUGCAGCUCAAGUCUCUGUCUAUGUGACAGCAGGCCUGUCGCCUCUAGAAAUCCAAGCUUGAGGUAUUGCCGGGAUUAGAAUCACUGCAGGGACGGGAGAUGUGCGUUUGGGGGAUCUGGCCAUUUGGACCGCCGCAGGGAUGACCUGUGCACGCGCUGCAAGAGCGCACGCAGCAGGUGUCAGCGGUCAUGUCUGCAGACGAGCUACGUCCUUCUCUUCGGUGUCUGUCUCACCCUCCGUGCAGGUCAGCAAGCCAAUGGCAUAGUCAGAGUUUGACGGUUAGGAUUGUUGCCUAUAAAGCUGUGCAGAAACAGAAGUAUGGCCUGAGAAACAUUUUCACGUACCCGAGAUUUCUAUAUUUAUACAAAAGAUUGGUAAACAAAAGAUUGCUAAAUGUUAUUCAACUACAUAAAAACUGGUGGAGUACCAUUCUGGGUCUGGCUUGUCAGAGAAUGAAAUGCAGAGUCCACGUUCACAUUCCACGUAGAGAAACACACAUUUCUCCAUCUGCCCGUCAGGUCUCUCAGCGCCUCAAAAGCAUCCCCGCUCCGUGCGGGUGGCACUGGGCACUUGGGCGCUAGCGGAGCUGUCCUGCCCCUACCUGCUUCUUUUCUGUAAAUCACAUCGUCUUUAGUGGUGCUUUAAAUUAUUCCUGUGUGUUCCAUUAAAGUUUUAAUGCGUAAUUUAAAGGGAUUAAAAACUCAUUUAUUAACUUACAAUAAAAUAAUUCUUGUCUAAUA